AUGCAGCAUGCGACGAGUGCAGUGGGAAAACGGAAGCUGAAAUGCUCAGGGGAGUUGACGGGCUGCACUCGAUGCACCAAGCAGAGUCUUACUUGCAACUAUUCCAUACAAAAACAGAUGGGCCGGCCGCCCAAGAAGAGAACAAGGUCGGACGACGAUGAGGUUGAUCUCACAGCCCAGUCCAAGGCGGAAACAUGGCCUACACCAGAGGCAUUGCAACCAUCUUCAAUCCAGGCUGGUCAGGAGAAAACACAUUUUCCGGACUCUGACCAUCUCUGCCCCUCGUUCUUCUGGCCGCCAAGCAUGAGUGCGAAAUCGCCACAUUCCAAUUCUACUCCAGAGCUGCCAGAUUCGUUGUCUGGCCACGAAGACAAUCACGCAUGGCAGCCAGAGCGCUUGAAACAGCCAAACCUUCCUGUUCCUGCAUCAUCAAGCCCAUGGCCUGAUUUCUCCACGGUCUCUGAAGCCACCGCUAUACCUACGGCUUUCCCAAACUCGACGAAUUUCCCUGCCGUGGGCUCCCUGCCGCUCUCCCCCUCAAAUUCUAUCUCAUCCGAACCCACGGCAGCCACUUGCUCGUGUCUUUCCUACCUCUACCUCUCCCUCAGUCACAUGUCUUCAAUAUCAUCCUUCCCAGUUGACUCCAACACCAUCUGCUCUUUAUAUAUCGCAGCAAGAACAGCGCAGGACGUGAUUCGCUGCCAAGUUUGCCCCAAAGUGUUUGCUACAGGCAUACAAAACAUCACAUUUGUGGGAACUCUACUAAGCGUUGUAGCGGACUCAUGGCUGCGUCUCUCGAAAGGCAACGCCACAGAGCUUGGAAUGAACGCCGCGCCAGCAGAGUAUGUGAAUAAAGUGAUGCAAAGCCCAGAUCCAGAAAAAGCCUGGAAAAUAUGGCUCCGUCAAGUCGUCCGUCGCGCCGUCGUUGGUGGUUAUAUGGAACCUGGCGCUGCGGCCGUCUGCUCUCGCCAUUUGGCCCUGCUGUCUAUUAUCACAGAAAUUGAGAAUAGGCAGCGUCGCUGGCACCAACCUGGACAACACCCAUUUGAGGAGUGCAAUCCUAUGGCUCCAACCCCUUCGGACCGAUCUCAAUCAGAGCACGAGAACGAAGGUAAGGAGGAGGAUCACCUCUGUGUUCGAAUUGUUGGCAGUGCCAGAUCUGUUAUCGCAAAGUUCGACUUUGAUCCUUCCGAUUAUCCCGAGGGUGUUGAGCCGCUGGCUUCUCAUCAAUCGCCAAGAGAGAGAUAA